AUGCUGGAGGCUGUAGCAGACAUCCAUCAGCUGGUCUUUAUACUGGGACAUGAGACGACUCACGCUCUGAUUGGUCAUGCAGCAGAGCAGGCCAGUUUGUCUCACGUGGUGGAGCUGUUGUCUCUCAUCCUGUUAACGGCGAUCUGGGCGAUCUGUCCUCGGGACAGUUUAGCAGUGCUGGGCCAGUGGAUACAGGGCAAACUAGUGCAGCAUCUGAGCGCAGAGGAGCUGGCCAUCAGAAGAGAGGAAAUGAAGAAGAAAGGACCAAAACCAUCUAAACUCCCCAAACAGAGAGGCUCUCUGAUUGAUCCAUUCCAGCUCAUUCCAUGCAAAGCUUUUGGAGAGGAAACAGAGGAACCAUACAAAGUGAUAGUUUGUGCUGAGGCUCUUGUUGUCAUGGAUAUACAUGCUCAUGUAUCCAUGGGAGAGGUGAUUGGCCUUUUAGGAGGAACAUAUGAAGAUGAAGAGAAGGUGUUAAAGAUCUGUGCAGCAGAGCCAUGCAACAGCUUGAGCACAGGUCUGCAGUGUGAGAUGGACCCCGUCUCUCAGACUCAGGCCUCGGAGCUGCUCGGGGUCAAAGGUCACAGUGUGGUGGGUUGGUACCACUCUCAUCCAGCCUUCGACCCCAACCCCUCCCUCAGAGACAUUGACACUCAGGCCAAAUACCAGAGUUAUUUCUCUCGAGGAGGUGCUCCAUUCAUCGGGAUGAUUGUCAGCCCGUAUAACUCAAGUAACCCAUCUCCCCUGUCUCAGACCACCUGUCUGCUGGUCCAGGAGGAGACCGGACCCUCUGGACCACAGAGGUUUCCAUACCGAUUUAACAUCCAGUAUUCAUCUGAGCUUCUUGAUUGGUCAGAAGUGAUGAGAAGAGCAGAAUGGGUGGUGUUCAAGUACAGGCUGUCUCAUGGGAGUGUACCAAUGGACAGGCUCUUCCGCAGACACUCUUCUCUAACUUGCCUGGAAAAGAUGCUUACAUCAAUCCGGAAGACUUUGGAGCAGGUCUCAGAGAUUGACAUAGAGACUUUCCUGGUACAGAUAGAAACCUUGUUUACUACACAUUUUCUCCCUGAGACCGGCUCUUCUUCCUCUCAUCUUCAUGAAACGGUAACACAGCCUCAGUUACUGUCAUUCAUCUCCUCUGAGCCAAUCAACAGCAGCCAUGCCACGGAUGAGACGUGUGUUACUGAGUCUGACAGCCCAGAUGAACUGUAACUACAAGACCUGUCGACCAUGUUAAAAGCUGUAAUGAAAAAGAGGAUGCACCUGUUACACAGUCUAUCAACCCUACUACCCUGUAAAUAAUAACAAUAAACCUAACAAUCUGAAGGUAAAAACAUACUAUAAAGAAACCUGCUACUGCGGAGGACAUGUGUAUCAUUCAUGCGUUGUACAAAAUUGUGUAACAUUGCAUUCAUGUUGAUUUUUGUUAUGUACGUUUUAUAAUAUAGUUUUCAUGAAAGUUGAGUUUAACCACAAAGCUCUAUUUAAAAUUAAAGUUUAAAGUUAACUUUUUUCUUUUUUUUUGUAGUUUGAUGACAUUUUGUCAUUCAGUUUGAUCACAGUGUUCAAGAAAGUGUUUGUGACCAUUUAUAAAUAAAAGUAUUCUGAAAAA